GAAUCCAUCACUCGCCCUACUUUUCCGGCAACCAUCAUUCAUCAUCACUCCCUCUUUCCAUACCUCUCUCUCUCUCCUUUCCUCCUUCCGCUGGAAACAAAGAAGGAAGAGAGAAGAAGAAAAAGGAGAGCCAGGGGAAAAGAACAGAGUACUGUGACAGAGGAAAGAGAGAAGAAACAACUCCAUUCAUCUCUCAGGAGAAGAAGGGGGAAAUAAACCCCACCAUGAGGAAAGAUGGAGAAGGAGGAGGAGGAGGAGGAACACCGUCCCCUCCCAUCCCCCUACCUUGCCUUGAUCUCAAGCCCUUCGUGGCAACCCUCGUUGUCCUCACCCUCUUGAUGGCGUUAUGGCAGCUCCAACCCUUCCAACCCCUCCUCCCCGCCGCCAACUGCCCUCCCCUCAACUCCACCCGUACCCCCCCCGUCGCCGCCGCCGCCGCCGCCACCGAUGUAAAACCCCUUGCAAUGCAGAAGUUUUCCUCCUCGGUCUCCUCUCCUGCACCGACAGGCAUCGGCGCUGCUCCUUCCGACCCCAACAAACGCGUCUUCCGCCCCUACGGCAGCGCCGCCGCGCUCUUCGUCCAGAUGGGCGCCUACCGGGGCGGCCCCGCCACCUUCGCCGUCGUCGGCCUCGCCUCCAAGCCGACCCACGUCUUCGGCAAGCCCUGGUACAAGUGCGAGUGGGUCCCCAAUGCCCCCGGCCGCUCCCCUUCCCGCGUCAAGGCCUACAGGAUGCUCCCCGACUGGGGCUACGGCCGCGUCUACACCGUCGUCGUCGUCAACUGCACCUUCCCCUCCAACCCCAACGCCGACAACUCCGGCGGCAGGCUCUUGCUCCACGCGUACUACUCCCUCUCCCAGAGAAAAUACGAGAAGUUCGUCGUUCUGGAAGAAUCCCCCGGCAGCUACGACGAGGCUCGUUUCCGGCCGCCGUUCCAGUACGAGUAUCUCUACUGCGGUUCCUCCUUGUACGGCAAUCUGAGCGCCAGCCGCAUCCGGGAGUGGAUGGCGUACCACGCCCACUUCUUCGGCCCCAGCUCGCAUUUCGUCUUCCAUGACGCCGGCGGGGUCAGCCCGGCGGUGCGCGCCGCGCUCGAGCCCUGGGUGCGGAUCGGGCGGGCCACGCUGCAGGACAUCCGGGCGCAGGAGGAGUACGACGGGUAUUACUACAAUCAGUUCAUGGUGGUGAACGACUGCCUGCAUCGCUAUCGCUACGCCGCGAACUGGACCUUCUUCUUCGAUGUCGACGAGUACCUGUAUUUGCCGGACGGAAGCACGCUGGAGUCCGUGCUGGGGAAGCUCUCCGGCUACACCCAGUUCACCAUCGAGCAGAAUCCGAUGUCGAACAUGUUGUGUGUGCUGGACCCCAAGAGGAAUUACUCCAGGGAAUGGGGGUUUGAGAAGCUGGUCUUCAGGAAUUCGAUCACCGGAGUACGGCGAGAUCGGAAAUACGCGAUUCAGGCAAGAAAUGCAUUUGCCACCGGCGUCCACAUGUCGGAGAAUGUCGUCGGGAAAACCACUCACAACACCGAGUCCAUGAUCCGGUACUACCAUUACCAUAACUCCAUCAAUGUAUUGGGUGAGCCCUGCCAGGUGUUUGUGCAAAUGCCAGACAAAGGCAACGUGACAUGGUUUGAGAAAAUCCCGUACGUUUAUGAUGACAAUAUGACCCGUCAAGCCGACACCAUCAGGCAAUUCGAGGAGGAAACAAUUGGACCAGGCCGAGUAUAGCCAUUCGCAACCUCGACGACCAUUCCAUGGAGUCUAUAUUCUUCAUUCCUCCCAUGUCAUAUGCAAAGCCCAGCCUGCAGGUGAGGUCAAUAUUAUUUUUCUUUGUGGUGUUUGCUUGCCUGCUUCCCCUGGUGCUCUUGCAGGGGAAGCUUAUGGACAUAUCAAGGAGAAGGUGCAGCAGGGGAAGCUUAGAGACAUAUCAAGGAGAAGGAGCAAAAUAUGAGGAAUGGAAAGGGGGAAGGCAUAGAACCCCUUUAUUUGCAUGUAAAGCAAUUAUAUCCUCACCAUAGCCUGUUGUAUUAUUAAAAUAAAAAUAAAAAAAAAAUGGAUUGUUCCUUGCUGUUGCUUGGGUCUGUGUAUGAACAUGGAGGAUUCAAUCAUCUUUGUGUGGUAGGAACUCUUUGUACAACCUGUCAUAAUUGUAGUGGUGCCUCAGUGUAGGCCUGGGAAACGGAUGGAUGUGUAUUUCUACAGUGGACUGGGGUCCAUUGGCUCCCCAACAACUGCUUGCUUUGUCCUGCUA